UGUGAACUUUAACCGUGGUGUUGAUAUAUUUCUUUGGCUGCUGGAGGAGUGGCCCCAUGACAAACGACCAGCUUCCUGCAGGACGCGAUCAUGGGGAGCGAUCUGAUGAAAUGUGCCGUCACAGAUCUGGGCAUCCAGUGGGCCGGCUGGGCUCUGGCUGCAGCCUUCAGGACCGAGAAGUUUUAUGAUUUGGCAGGAUCUGGCACAUUUAUAUUACUUGCCCACCUGAGUCGGAUCCUGGGAGGAGCUAAUCACGUCCGUCAGAAGGUGCAGACUGGGUUGGUGACAGCGUGGGGGGUCAGGCUGGGAACAUUCCUCUUCAUGCGGAUCUUGAAGGACGGUCAUGAUCGCAGGUUUAACAAUGUCAGAGACAGCCCAGGGACUUUCUUUGUAUAUUGGACUAUCCAAGCCAUGUGGGUAUUUAUGACCCUCCUGCCCACCCUCAUGCUGAACACUGAGAAGCAAGAUGUGCCUCUGGGAACGAGAGACUACAUUGGCUGGACCGUAUGGGGCCUUGGAUUUGCCGCUGAGGCUGUUGCUGACCAGCAGAAAUGGCUUUUCAAGAGUGACCCAGAUAACGCUGGGAAGUUCAUCCAGAGCGGACUGUGGGCCUACAGCAGACACCCAAACUAUUUUGGAGAGAUCCUGCAGUGGUCCGGUCUCUGGCUCUCCGCCUCAUCAGUGAUGCAGGGUCAGCAGUACCUGAGUGUGGCGUCGCCUCUUUUCGUCUGGUUCUUGCUGCGCUACGUCAGCGGCAUCCCCAUCCUGGAGAAGCAGGCCAUGAAGAAGUGGGGAUCUGACCCGGCCUUCCAGGACUACAUUAGAAACACUCCUCUACUCUGGCCUAAAUUUUGAUGUUACAUAUUUGUUAUGUCGCCUCUGCACAAAAACACAUUCAAGUCACAAGCACAACACUUUGACUCUUUUAUGUCACUUUGUACGUAUGUAAAAUAAAUUCCAGUUUAUCAUUCCUUGCCUUUUAGAUAACAGCCUCCUGUGUAAGAUAUCUUUGUGGUGUGACAUGAUUGAGAGCCAAAUACGGGACAUGUAGUCUAGACUAUCAAGACUAGACUCUGCAGUUUAAGAUGUGCGUUAAGCUUUUUUCAAUCAUGAACGUGUCAAACUGAAUGAAAGGAGGCUGUCGCUCAAGAGGAAACGCCACUAAAGCUGU